UACCAGAGGAGUCAUGUGCAACAACCUCAGCCUCAGUCGUACGUGGAGCAGCUUGGAUUAACAAGCUCCUGUGUCUCCAUAUUGUCCUAUAGGGUGUCCACUUCUAGACUCGCUGCUCUUUCCUCCACACCAGCAAUGAAGCUCAGCGUGGCAUUGUUCUUUGCGGGCCUCUUCGGGGCCCUGGCUGUCGUCUUUGUCCUCCUCUCGUUUGGAACAGAUUACUGGCUGUUGGCCUCGGAGAGCUGCACUCAUCCUACCACUGACACCACUUUAGAGCGUGGAGACAUAGUGGUGCAGAAUGUCACUAGUGGGGUCACUCUGUACCACGAGGGCUUCUUCUGGAAAUGUUUCUUCGGUGGCAACGUGGAGGAUGAGGACCUGCUAUGGAAGCUUUGGUUCACCAAUCAGCCGCACUCCAAAGUGUGCAUGCACUCCUACCUCUUCCCGUUCCCGGUGUCCCACCACACCCACAACGCCACAGCGUAUGAAUCUGCCAUAAUCUACAGGGGUUUUUGGAGCAUCUUCAUGCUCGUCGGCGUGGCAGCUGUGAUCCUUGGCGGCUUCCUCGUCAUCUGCGCCGCUCCCUUCACCAACCACUGCUUGUACAAAACGGGUGGAGGCUUCUUCCUGGCAUCGGGUUUCUUCCUGCUGUGCGUGGUGGUGAUGUACGUGCUGUGGAUAGAGCUGCUGGACGUGGUGGACGUCUACGUGGACUACCAGCGCACCUUUGUGUGUCCCAACUUCCACUUGACCCUCAACUACGGCCUCUCCUUCAUGUUUGCUCCCGUUGGCAUCUUCUUCUCUCUGCUGGCCGGACUGCUCUUCCUCCUCAUUGGCCGGACCAUCAAGAUCCACUACCGCUAACUGAAAAAAAUGAGGCAGACACACACGGAGACGGUAUCAAGCUGGGAAACGACUACGGUUUCGCGCAAAAGUCUUGGAGGACACCAUCUUAAUCAUGAUUUGGAGUGCAUGAAGAAUGUAGCUCUCAACAGAACCAAUAUGGAACAAAUAGCUGAGUCAGCAUUAAUACCGCUGAUGAGUUCAAUGUAAACUACGGGUACACUUUCAACAUUUUUAAAGGGCAUGCUGAGGUAGAUAAACGUGCUGCCAGCCUUGUAGAGUUAAAAAAACGAGAUUGCCUACAGCCAAUGUUUUUGUAACCCUAAUUAGAAAGCCCUUUUGUUGACCACGCACCUCCUGGUAAAUUGAAUAGAGGUCAUAAUUGAAGCCUUUACCGCAGGGGGAUCGUUUCUUAUUGGCCCGCGACACAUUCUACAGACAAAAACACAGUGAAUUCCGGACUACAGGCUGCUACUUUUUUCCUUCGCUUUGAACCCUGCGGCUUAUAAAACGUUGCGGCUAAUUUAAGGAUUUUUCUUUGCUGACAGCCAUAAUGGAAAAUAGUUUUAAAAACCAAACAAGCAAAUAAACUGGAAAGGUGUGUUAUUGUUUGUGCUAUGGCGCCAUGUUUUAAACGAAUUUGCUCACUGCAGCUGCUGCAAUGCCCUUUUUUAUAAAGCAAGUGCUGUUCCGUCUUCUAGCCGUCCAUAGCGUUUUUACUCGUAUGAAUUCUUCAUUCGUAAUUCAAAGCAACAUUAGUAAGUUUUACAAUACAACUAAAAACGGUUUAUACUUACUAAACCGUCCCAUGUGUGAUGUCUGUUGGAGUGUUUUCAUGCAUAUUUGAAUGUGCUAUCGUAAUGUAAUCGAGCAAGCGUUGUUAGUAUUAGCUAGUAUGCUAACACGUUUACAAGUGUCUGAGUUAGUAUUAUUAACUUACAAUGGCAUUCUUUUUGUAUUGUUUCAGUUUCACAAAUUCCUCUGUACACUCACCAAGACGUCACCGUGGAUUUAUUGAGUCUGUUUAGCUGAUUGGAGAGCUAGCUUCCGGAGCUAGUGGGUCCAUGAUUAUGACUUCUGUUUUGUGUGAACUGCCGUGUUAAAGGCAUUGUUUGGAAACAACUAAGGUAUGUAAAUAAACAUUUACAAAA